AUGUUAAGGAUUUUUAUGAUUUUAUGGUUAAGCUGUUGGUUGGAUUUAUCAAGAGCUCGUCCUGCGAAGGAUUCCACAAGAUUCAGCCUCAAUAUUAUAAAAAAUGAUACAAAAAAUAUCUGGUCUUCGACAUUGGAGCAAGAAAAGCAACUAUCCAGCGAAGUUUUGAGCAAUUUCGUCUCAAUAAUUACAAAGCCUGACAAGCCUAAUCCAAGCCGUAGGUCUUUGACAUCAAUUCAAACUACUACGCCCAUCAUUUUGUUUCGAUCCAUGCGAGAAACAGUUCGUUUAGAAAAUGAAACCGCGCAGGCGAUUUUGGAAAGGCGAAAGCCCGACAACGUUCGACAAGCGUUGGGCAGUUUUUUGAAUCCUACGCCGAUCGUCGACGGAAUCAAGGAAGAGGAGAAAUACGGUAAUACAGGCGAUAAAUUCAUCGGAUUCAGCAGAGGGAUCGUCAAUGCUUUCGAGAAUUUAAGCAACUUUUUAAACACUGUAGUGGACUUACCUGUCAAUGCUGCUAAGCAGACGUCUCGUGGAAUAACGGAGACAUUAAAUGAACUGGGAGCACGGCUCAUCGGAUUAUGA